CCGCCUUCGCAGCUCUCGGCUCUUUUCCUCCUCGCUCCUCGCACGCGUCCUUUUUUUUCUUCUCGUUUCUUCUUUCUCGACAGCUUUUCCCUCUUCUGUUUGAAAUCAGCUCGUCUGCAUCUUCACUUCACCGCGGACAAAGAAUCUCUUUGCGCUUGCAGCGUGCUUUUCUUUAUUGCUUCACCUGUUUCAGCGGAGCUCACAUACCCCAACUUUUGAGCUUCGGCCUAGCUGCACCAAGCCGGCCUGUUUUCGCGGCCCGUUUUGGAGAAAGCCUAUUCUACACAAACUUUGCUUUUAUCGCGAUCCAGAGCAACGUCUGUCGCAUUCUCUCGAUAUCCUUUAUCAAUCGAUCGCCUUGCUGGUUCACGACGGUCUCUUGCGCAAGCGCCGGCAACGCACAGUGAGCCGAGACACUACUUCUCGCCCGCUGCUUGGAUCUGGUCUCUCGACAGGAUUCUCUGCGCGGGUUGAAUAAACCAGCUAUAAGCUUAUAGCUACAAAACUACGCAAAUUAUACGUCCACUGGGUUGGCACCGUCAAGAUGCAGACCAGCCGUGGCAUUCCCGACCAGGAAAUGUUCCUGAGCAAACCCUCACCAAGCGGCGGUGACAGCCCGACGGUUGAGCCUUUGCGAAUCUUCAAACCAAAGAGUCCUGUGCCCAGCUCGCGCACAUCUUCGGCAUCCCAGGAUAAACCUGCCUUCCCUCUUCCCCCAGGCGCAUCCAGCUCUGCUGCGCCGCUUCCAUUCCCAGACGAUGACGAUGUCCGCAGGCCUACUCCUCCCAAGCCCUACGGCUCGGCCUACAACGACAUGAGCCCGCGAAUCGAUACAAGCCCCAUUGAAAAGAAACCAGGGCUUGCUGAGCGCCGCGGAGCUCCUCCCAAGGUCAUCAGCUCUCCAACAAGCCCCGAUUCUGACCACGGGCUCUUCGCCAGACCACUCAACGGCCAACCCCGCCCAGCUCCUGCCAACGCCAGCUAUCCCUCGCAUCAGCAAACUUACUAUCCCCCUCCAGGAGCUAGUGCUGCUAAUAUGGCAGCUCCGCAAGCUCAAAGAGUCGACCAUCUGAACCCGCCCGACUCUGGUGUCAACCGCUUCCCUUCCACGGCGUCCACCUCAACAACAAAGGCCAGCCGCGGCUCGCCUCCUCCACCAGAGACGCCGAUUGUCGAGCCUGGAGUUCAGCCGGGUAGUGGCAUUGAGGCUCGGUAUGCUGCUUCAGGCAUUUCGGGAACGGCUACACUGACAGCACUGCAAGCACAGCAGGCGCAGAGCGCCGCAGCAUCUCAAAGAUUGGCACAGUACGGCAACCAACGACCUCCUCAGCGACCUUGGACUCCGACUGAAAGCCCCGAUCAAGCACCUUCUGGACCACCAACAGUCUACCAGGGCUCGAAUCCCGUUUCAGAAUCGCAACAGCAGUCGGCAGGUGGUCCUCCACCCGUGGAGAUGCCAGCUACAAGUGUUUCAAGCCAAAAUCAGCCUGCGCUCCAAGUGAGUGUGCUUGAACAAGAUUUCCAACGAAUGAACACAAGCUCUCCACCUCCAGCAUACUCGAGUGUUAACCCAGGCGGAAAUUCGUCAUAUCCAAACGAAAAACGACGACCUCAGCAAAACGGCCGGGCUGGCGUGCAGCCUACCGCACAACCUCAGCAGCAGCAGCAGCAGCAACAACAACAACCACAGCAACAGGCCGCUUCCGCGGUUGCUCCCACUGCUAUAGACCCCAAGAAGCAGUCGUCGGCCGCGAGCGCUGCUCUCCAACAUCCUGGACAUCCUGCAUUCGCCAACGAUCCUCGGCCGCAGUCCAGUGCACAGGCAGCACAAGCAGCUAGUCCACCCAACAUUGGAGCUGGCCCGGCCUCUCCCCCGCCUCUUCCUGAGGGAUGGAUUGCGCACCUGGAUCAGAACUCUGGACAAUAUUAUUAUAUCCAUCUCGCUACACAAGCUACCCAGUGGGAAUUCCCCAAGGGCCCCAACCCAAUCUCUCAUGAGCAGGCACCGCUCUCCCCUACAGCCUCUACCUACGGAAACCCUUUGCUCUCUCCUGUCUUCGGCAAGCAGCCUAUGGCAUCACCAAUGUUUGUUCCCCACACGCCAGGAUAUGCUGAGAGCAUCAUGAGCGUAGCGGCUUCACAAACACCGAGCGCGCUCGGCUUCUCUGGCCCUCCACCAACUGCCGGAGUCGAGAUGUACAGUGUGCAGCCAACUAACGGUGUUUACUUUGGUCCUUAUCUUCGCUACGCGAACAUGGAUCUCGAAAAGGGCAUUUGGCACGGAAGCAUUCUCAUUGUAACCGAAGCUCCUCAACCUCCUACGAUCCAUAUCCACCUGAGUGUCGAUCUCUCCCCGAACCCUCGUCAGCUUACCCCACAUGCAAUCUACACACAUCAAAAGUGGACGUUUUAUAAGUACGAUCUUGAUCUGCAAAUGGGUGAAGGUGGCACCGAGCGCUGGACGUAUGCCGUGACGUCUCACCUUGGUUGCACACGUUAUGAGUUCGUUGUUGCCGGCCGUCAUGAAACUGGAUGGCGCUUUAUUGCCCAUUCAGGCAACGAUUUUGCCGCUAGCACAUCUCAGAAUGAUCGUGCUAAGCUUGGCGGUGUCGGAUUUAUGUGGAAGGACGUGCUGCAAAAGAAUGUUGACUGUGGAGGAUUCCAUGUUCAGCUUGGACUUGGAGACCAAAUCUAUGGUGACCGACUGUGGAAGGAGGUUCCACUGCUUAAGCAAUGGCUUGCAAUGAGCGGACGCGAGAAUAAGAAGAAUGUCCAAUGGACUGCUCGACAUGAAGAGGAUGUUUCUCACGCCUACUUCCACUACUACACAAGCCACUUUGACCAACCGUUUUUGAGAGAAGCGUUUGCCCAGAUUCCACACGUCUUGCAGAUUGACGACCACGACAUCUUUGACGGCUACGGCUCUUACCCUGACUAUAUGCAGUCUUCAUCCAUGUUCAAGAAUAUCGGCCGAAUUGCAACAGAAAUGUAUCUGCUCUUCCAGCAUCACACUACCGUCGAUAUCAUGAGAAAUGUCAGCACAGACCAGGACAUCUUUACAAUCACUGGAACUGGAUGGCAUUUUGUCAAAUACCUUGGACCAGCCGUGGUGGUGGCAGGUACCGAUUGUCGCUCUGAGAGAACACAGUCAAGAGUCAUGGCUGGCCCAACUUACCAGGGCAUAUUCCCCAAGAUUGCUACUUUGCCUCCAAGCGUCCAGCACGUCCUAUGGAUGGUUGCCGUACCUCUUAUUUACCCUCGAUUGGAAGCUGUGGAGAGCAUUGCCAACACUGUCGCCGCGGGUAAGAAGGCUGUCAACACAACGUACAACAUCCUGGGCAAAGUUACAAGCUCUGUCGCUGGCGUUGUGGGAGGCAAAGAAGUUGUGGCCCAAGGUUUCUCGCAGGUUAAGAAGGCCGUUGGUAAGAGCGGUUUGAUGGGCAACGUUUUGAACCAAUUUGGUGAAUUGGAUAUUCAAGAGGUUCUCAAGGACCUGUGGACACAUGAUACAAAGGACUUGGAGCGUACGUACUUUAUUCGAACCCUGCAAGGUAUUGCUCACCAAAAGGGCAUUCGCAUGACAUUCUUGUCUGGUGAUGUAAACGCUGCCGGUGCCGGUCUCGUCCACGAUCCUAGCCAUCCUGGCGACCAUAAGACCAUGUACCAAUUGAUUGCCUCGCCAAUCGUCGCGGCUCCCCAAGGUGGCUAUGUUCUUAAGCUACUUCACAACCAGAAGACGCUCUAUCUCCCUCAAAACGGACACAAGUCUAAUCACGAAGUGUCCGACACAAAGGAGGAUAUGAUGGAAAUUUUCCACACCGAUGCCAGCGGUGCGAUCCGCGAGCUGAAGAAACUCAUGGGCCGCCGCAACUAUGCCGCAUUCAUUGCCUACGACCAAGAAGCCAUGGCCAACCAGAACCAGCCGCCAUUCAGCCCGAACCCAAGCAUCAGCAGCUCACAACAGCAAGGCUUGUCCAAGCUGAGCCUUGCCGUUGACUUUGUAGUCCAAGGUGACGGUGCCUUUGCUACGACAACUAAGUACGGCCCAGUCAUUAUCCCUCAUCUCGAGUACGGACGAUAAAUGCUCCCCGCUCUUUCUUUGGAUACCCUUUUUUGAGGAGUUUGCAUUGAAUUUUGGCUUUCUUUCUCUUAUAUACUAGUUAAUAUGUAGCAACAUGUCGAUACAUGAUUGCUGCGAAUAGUGGUUGGCUAUGAUUUUCUCGUUUUCGGCGGGGGCAUAUUUGGUAGAUGAUUAUUUUAUUUUCCUUUCUAGUUUUUUUUAUUUAAAACAAAUGUACAUGUUGAAACUUUUUCUUUCAUCAUAAAUGUAUCGCAUAUGCUUUUGCUUACAGCUCAAAGAGCUCCUUGAUGAUGCGCAUGGUAUCAGCAGGGCCGUCGACAGCGUGGCCAAUGGUUCGGGAGUCGGUGUAGAUUUCGUAGUCGUUGCCGCCAGGGUUGGUCUUGUCACCGAAGAAGUGGAUGUUCUUGUACUCGAUGCCGCCGUUCUUGGCAUCUUCCUCAAGGUGGCGAAGGCAGUAGGUCUUGUCCCAGCCGGUAGGGAAGACGUCGAAGGAGAUCUGGCCGCCAAUAGAGAAGCUAUUCAGAAUUGGUUAGCAGCUGCUUUUUUGUUUGUGAAGCACGUUAUUUCCAACGCAGUAUAUCGUAAAAUACUCACGUCAAGCCAAGGUGGCCAAACUUCUCGCGCAGGACAGAAACAAAGGUCUCGCGAACCUUGGCGGUCUUGUCGUAGGCCUCGAAGGCGUGACGCUCCUCGUUGCUAGCGUUACGGCCGACAGGGCUGAUGUUGACCAUGCCGUUGCGGAACUCGAUAAAGGUACCGCGCUUGACGGGGAUGUCGAGAUCGGCAAUGUAGUGCAGGCAGAAGUUGGCAAACUCCUUCCACUUGUCCUCGCCGAUCCACUUGAUGAAGCUGUUGGAGGGGAGCUCCUGGCCGAGCUUGAAGGCAGUCAGGCCGUUCUCGGAGAAGCAGUAGUCGAAGAGGGUGGUGACGGGGACGCCGGCGGGCUGGCCGAGCUGCUCCUCCUGCUUGACGAGGUUGGAGCCGCCGACGAAACCGAUUGUGCACUUUUGAC